AUGGAUGACACUGCUUGUGUCUGGCCCGCGCCGGUGCCUUCGUUCAGACCUGUUGACUUGAACCGCGGACCGUCCUGCUCGGCAGAGGCUCUUUCUUGCGCUCUCCUGGACGACGCAGCCGCGCAACAGACGACGCGGUCUCUUUUUCCUUUCUGGUUUUGUCAUUUCCCGUUUUCGGUUCCUUUUCCUUUUCUCACCGUUCUUCUUCUCCACGCCGCGCACACGCACAGCGAGAAGGAAGAGGGAAGAGAAAAGAAGAGGAGAACACCUUACUUUUAUCGUCGGGGACACACAUCGACGACAAACCAACCAACCAUGAUACCCCCCCUGCCCGUGCACGCGGACUCCGGGAGGAACAAGGAGAAGAAGAAGAAGAAGAGGAAGAAGAAGACGACACAAAAAAGUUUGCUAUACACAUACAACGCCCGCCGGCAGGAUACCCCCUCCCUCCUAGCUCUUUGUUGA